AUGGUGUUGCUGCUGCCUCUGCUGCUGCUGGGGGCAGCUGCUCGCCCCUGUCUUCACAGCCAGGCCCAGAAGUCUGUGCACCUCCUCAGACCCCCUUUUUCCAGGCGUCCCCGAGACACCCGCUCUGCCCCCCUGAACCUUCCUGGCCUCCAGGAUCCACAUCCCCUCCGCAUCCAUGCCUGCCAUCUCGAGGAUCCCGUCUCUGACAGGACAGAGGGUUCCCAGGCCAGGGGUCCGACAGCCCGGGCCCUGGCUGCUGUGAGAGAGGCCACCCAGCGACUCCAGGGUGUCUUGGCAGUUCCUCCAGUGCAAGGCCCCCUGCGUCUAAGCCGGGACCCUGCACGGUACUGCCGCGCUGUCUGGGGAGACCCUGAGACCCCAAACUACCAGAGGUGCAGCCUCCUGAAUCCGGGGUACAGUGGAGAAAGUUGCCUGGGGGCAAAGAUCCCAGAUUCUCAUCUCCAUGGUUACACCUUGUGGCCAGAGCAGGGUCCCCCACAACUGGUCCAGCCAGAUGGACCUGGGGUCCCAAACUCUGAUUUUCUCUUGUAUGUACGGGUUGCCUACACUUUCAAGUGCCACCAAGAGCCCUCUGUCAUUGCGUAUGCUGCCUGCUGCCAGCUGGACUCUGAGGACAGGCCCUUAGCUGGCACCAUUGUCUAUUGUGCCCCACAUCUCACCAGUAACCGCCUCAGCCACCAGGAUAUUGUCAUGGCCACGCUGCAUGAGUUGCUCCAUGCCCUGGGCUUCUCUGGAUGGCUUUUCAAGAAGUGGCGGGAUUGCUCAUCAGGACCCAGUGUUAGAGAGAAUUGUUCUACAAGGCAUCAGGUGACAAGACGAGAUAAGUGGGGACAGCUGCUUCUUGCCACUCCAGCUGUUAGCCACCACCUGGCCAAACACUUGGGGGUACGAGAGCUUUCCCUGGGUGUUCCCUUGGAAGAAGAGGGCCCCAUGUCUUCACACUGGGAAGCCCGUCUCCUGCAAGGCUCUAUCAUGACCGCUACCUUUGAUGGGGCCCAAAGAACUCGGCUUGAUGCCAUCACUCUUGCUGCCUUCCAAGACUCAGGCUGGUACCAAGUUAAUCACAGCGCUGCAGAGGAGCUACUGUGGGGUCAGGGAGCUGGCUUGGAAUUUGGCUUGGUGGCAACAUGUAGGACUGGCUCCUCAGACUUCUUCUGUACUGGCAGUGGGCUGGGCUGCCACUACCUACACCUGGACAAGGGAAGCUGUUCCUCAGACGCCCUGCUGGAAGGCUGCCGCAUGUACAAGCCCUUGGCCAAUGGGAGUGAGUGUUGGAAAAAGGAAAAUGGAUUACCACCUGAGGCCGAGAAUCCCCAUGGGGAGAUCUACCACUGGCAGAGUCGCUGCUUCCUUGCCAACCUCACUUCACAAUGGCUCCCUGGGGAUGAGGCUAUGCCUCCAUCACAGAUCCCACACCUGAAGGAAGCCAAGCCCACAGGCCGCUGCUACUUACAUCAGUGCACAGGUCAGGGAGUCUACAAGGUGCAGGUAGCAGGGGCCCCCUGGACCCCCUGCCUUCCAGGAGAGGUGAUUCAGAUACCUGGCUACUAUGGUCUUCUCUUCUGUCCCUGGGGACGGCUAUGUCAGAGUAAUGCAGGUACCAAUACUGUUACUUCCUCACCUGCAAGUCUUCCCACCCAAGAACGGAUAUUGGAGCUGUCUCAAGGAUUAGCUGCACCCCCACGAAGAGGCCUGGAGGAGGAAGAGCCAGAGAGUACUACAGUACUACAGGCUUUGGUGAAUGGAAGUAUCACUGGCAGGCUCCUGACUACCUCAGACCAUGACUACAAUCCUUCCAUGACGCAUCUAGGUCUGUCCACUGGAAUCUGCUUGAUGCUGCUUGUCCUGGUGGGUGCACUGGGAAUAGUGGCUUACAAGAAACGAGAUGCCCUUCGCGAAAACUAG